UCAUUAAAUUCCCUGCAGUGCAGGCAAGCAGGAGCUAAGUAGGUGCAUUUAACGAUGGAGGUAAUGCAAUACCCCAACAAUGGCGAUUUGACGGAGCCGCUGAUAAUGGCUGGUGAGGAUGUUACCCUUCACACGCAGAUAGUUAAUGGCUAUGGUGAUGAUAGUAUGAAGCUGAAGAAAAGUAGAGUACUGGAAGAAGAAGAAGAAGAAGGAGAAGAAGAAGAUAAGGUGUUGAGUGGGGAAGAAGGGCACAAAAGUAGCGUUUAUCUUGACGAGGAUGGAGGAAUGUGGAGAUGUCGGGAGUGUGUAUGGACCUACCAAAUUGGGAAUCCUUGCAUGGAUGAUCAUAGUGAAGCAAAACCUUUCCAUUUUGGCAAUGGAGAGGCCAGUGACAGGAUGCCGUCUGCCGAGAUUGGAAAUGUUGCUCAACUUGGGCAGCUGGUGAACGCCGCCCGUGGUGGUGGUGGUGCGGUGGGGGAUGUGGAGGAGGUGAUUGAGCUCGAAUUUUUCGAGCGGGCGAUAGAUAAGUUGCACACGCAUAACACCUAUUGCCCAAACUGCAGGACCCCCAUUUCCAAAGUUAUUUUGAGGAUUAAGCGUGAAACGACAACACCUCCAAUUCAAAUUCCAGACAAGAAGUUGGAUUUUGAUGUGCUUGGAUGUCUAGCCUGCUUCAGAAUUUUCCUUCCUAAUAAAACAGUAACCGAUGAAAGCAGGGGAGAAAGGAGUGAAGUCCAACAAGAAUCAGACAAUAAUGCAUCUGAAGGCAAAUGCUUUGACCUACUUUGGUUUUUUGGAGGAACACAAAAAGCGCAGACUUCACAGUACCAACCACUGGCAACCGUAGCAUCUGAGCAAGGGCAGAAGCCAAAUGAUGGGCAUUUAAAGGGAGAUAGUAAUGCUGCUAUUAAUUCAUCAUCCCAUCAUUCAGAUGCAACACAGAGUGCUUAUAUUCAACAGGAAACCCGAGCUCCACCACCAGAAAUGAUUGAUAAUGUGAAGCAUGAGCCCCAGUUUUCUGGAAAGCCUUUUAGCAGUAGCUAUCAGGGAGGUGUACUUUCAGUGAAACCAAAACCUGAAAUUACACAAGAUGUACGUAUUCCGGUUUAUGAAACCCCAAAUGAAGCAGGAACUGGAACUGGAACCGGAACCGGAACUUCCACACAAACACAAGUUGAUCCACCUGAAGUUGAAGAAAGUGGUUCGAAAUCAGUAGAGGUCGUGAAAAGCGUUGUGUAUGGAGGUCUGAUGGAAUCCAUCGCAAGCUUAAGCGUGGUUUCCUCUGCUGCUGCAUCUGGUGCCACCACACUGAACACUGUAGUUAUUGGAGUGGCGAAUCUCAUAGGUGGUUCUUUCGUGGUUGCACACAAUCUUCUGGACUUGAAAAUGAAGAGCCCUGAAGAAGAGUACAACAAAGUGCUAGGCCAAAGAAACCACUUCCUACUUCACGCCAUUGUUGCCAUGUUAUCCUACCUCAUCUUUGGGCUCGCCCCGCCUGCACUAUACGGCUUCACGUUUCGCCAGAGCGACGACCGAGACAUGAAGCUUUUGGGCGUGGCAGUGGCUUCUUUUGUAUGUGUCCUUCUUCUUGCCAUUGGAAAAGCUUACAUUUCCGGAGCCAAAACGUUUAACCAAUACUUUGUAACCAUUGUGCAAUAUGCUACUGCUGCGGCUACGGCUUCUGGCGUUGCUUAUGCAGUGGGACAUUUGUUUCAGAAGCUAAUGGAUGAACUUGGUUGGUUCAACUCAACCCCAACCAACAAUCUUCUUCUUCCUAAUAUCAACUUGCCAAAUCCAAAUUCGGUUUUCUUUUGAUUCCUGCCAAUCACCAUCAUGCUCAACUCAAGUUUCUAUAUUUCAACUUUUCAUGUUUUUGUUUUUUGUUUUUUUUUUUUUUUCCGUAUUGUACGGUUUUAUUGAGUUCAAGUGUUGAGUUCCAAGUGUUUUUUUGAACCA